AUGAGUGAGCUUACAGCUGAUUGGAGGGACUUGUUGCUUGCUGAUUAUGCCAAAAAUCAGUUUUCAACCAACAUCAUUCAGGGCACUUUUCAUAAUGAGAAGUACAGAUUGGUUGAUGGAUUGAUUAUGUACAAGGGUAGAAUCCUUCUUCUGCUUGAAUCUAAGUUGAAGGAGAAGAAGAACAAGGAUGAGCACACUGCACCCGUCAGAUUGUUGCAACCAUUGCCAAUUCCUAGUAAAAAAUGGGAAAGUAUCUCUAUGGAUUUCAUCAUUGGAUUGCCAAGAGCUAGUGGGAAGGAUUGUAUCUAUGUGGUGGUAGAUAGAUUAACAAAAUUUGCUCAUUUUUUCGCUAUCACCAGCUCAUUUACAGAAGCUCGGGUUGCUGAUUUGUUCUUCCGUGAGACAAAUGGACAAACGGAGAUAGUAAAUAAGUGGUUGGAAGGUUACUUGAGAAACUAUGUUUCAAAACAGCAGAAGGCAUGGGUUGGUGAUAUGGUCUACUUGAGACUCCAGCCCUUCAAACAGUCUACUCUUAAGAAGAGUGGAGCGGAAAAGAUUAAGCCACGUUUUUAUGGACCAUUCUGGGUCAUCGGGAGAGUGGGAUUUGUGGCUUAUGAGUUGGAGCUACCAACGAGUAGCCGAGUACAUAAUGUCUUCCAUGUGUCAUGCCUCAAAAAGGUGCUUGGGCACAACGUGAUAGUCUCUUCUGAUUUGCCUCCUUUGGAUGAAGAGGGAGAGUUGGUACUGGUUCCUGAAGCAAUCCUUGAUGUCAGGGAACGAUUUUUGAGGAGGAGGACCAUCAGAGAAUAUUUGGUUAAGUGGAAAAACUUACCGGUGGAGGAUGCUACGUGGGAGAAUGAGGAGAUAUUACAGCACCCCGGUUUGUGA